ACCUGAAGCAAUUACCUGGGCCAGAAGAAGCCAAGUAUUAACUAUGAUACCUACCGUAGACUAGACUAGCUUCCAUGAAGCUGGAAUCGACAGCCAGACGACCUGUAAGCCCUGCAAAGAUAUCACCAUAUACGUUCUUUACGAUGCUUCGGUGAGCUCGGCAGAUUAGCGCAAUCUUGACCCUCAAUUGCGAGCCAAUGGCAGCAUUGGCCAUUGCGAUUUGUACACACCACUUUAUUUCAUACUACUACCUACCACUGGCUGACCACCAUGCCGCCCCCUAAUCCUCGGCCCAAGGCCCCUCCACCCGACUACCAACGCAUUGCAGCUCAGUAUGCAAGAGCGAAACGACUGAAAGAACUCGAAGAUGCCGCCAAGGCCAAUGCUGGCUCCGCUGCGGAGAGAACACGCGACAGGGAGGCUGAGCGGCAACGGCUUGCUCUGGAAACGCGUCGAAAGAACACAUACGAGAAGCGCUUCAGGUGGACGGUUGGGUUCUGGCUAUGGAUGCUAUGUAUCCAUGUCAUUGGACUAUACUUGUUCACAAGCGGCUUCCUCCUCACCCGCUUGGUCUUGGAAGAACAAUCCGAAUGCGCGAGUCCCCCGAUUGAGCCUCUGACAAGAUGGAAAGGACAAGGUACGGUAGAGGCUGGUUGCUGGCAUCCCAAGACCUUCGAUAAAGCUGUGGUUGUUAUCGUAGAUGCCCUUCGAUACGACUUCACUGUGCCGGUGCGAGAUAGCAGUAAGGCCGAGGUUUACCACAAUGCCUUCCCCUUCCUGUACGAGACAUCUCGAAAUAAACCCAACAAUGCUGUCCUGCUCCCUUUCAUUGCCGACCCCCCGACAGCAACAUUGCAAAGACUGAAAGGAUUGACAACGGGAACAUUACCUACCUUCGCCGACAUUGGAAGCAGCUUCGGUGGUACAGCAAUUGACGAAGACAAUAUUUUGAAGCAACUCAAAGGACUUGGCAAGCGGAUCGCCCAUCUCGGAGACGAUACAUGGACUGCUCUGUUCCCAGGCUAUUUCCAGCCAAACAUCAGCAAAGCUUACGAUAGCUUCAAUGUGUGGGAUUUACACACCGUAGACAAUGGCGUCCAGGAGCACAUCUUUCCUUUGCUCCAAUCUGAAAGGAAAGGCGAGUGGGACUUGCUCAUUGGCCAUCUACUUGGAGUCGAUCAUGCCGGCCAUCGUUAUGGCCCUAGCCAUCCUGCCAUGACGUCAAAACUCCAGCAGAUGGACAAGUUCGUGCGAGACCUGGUAGCAAGUCUCGAUGAUGAUACCCUUCUAGUGGUCAUGGGAGAUCACGGUAUGGAUGGCAAAGGUGAUCAUGGUGGUGAGAGUGACGACGAAGUUGAGGCUGCCCUUUGGAUGUACUCGAACAAACCAGUCUUUGGGCGGACCAAAUCUGAAUACGUGACACCACCUGCGACAGCAAAGAUUCGACCAGUAAAUCAAAUCGAUCUUGUGCCUACACUGUCUCUUCUUCUAGGUAUACCGAUCCCUUACAACAAUCUUGGUCGGCCGAUUGAGGAAGCUUUUGCCGGACCGAGAGGUAAUGCCUGGAACAAUUUGGCUGCCGUAUCCAGCAUGGCGUCUGCUGGGAUUAGGAGAUACCAGGCUUCGUAUUUUGGAACUCGUGGCAUUGAGCAAAUCUCGAAGCCAGGAUCGCCGGCUGAAUUCUGGGAAACUGCCACUGAUGUUGCCCGGAAGGGCCCCAAGUAUUCCGAGGCUAUCUACCAAGCCUACGUUCGAUACCAAGAAGAAACGCUGAAGCUAUGCAAAGACCUAUGGGCCCGCUUCGAUGUUCCCAGGAUGGUUAUGGGAAUAACUGUCUCGGCUUUAGGUGUUGCAGCGCUGCUUGUCUAUGUCUCCCGAGAUGAGGACGACGAUCUUGCUGUUCUUGAUGACCCUGAACUCGAUUUUGCGGAAAAAAGUCUUGAAUUGCAAAACCAACACAGCAAUUCAGGCACCGAACAUUACCAAAGUCUCGAUAAGAGUCUCGUGAAGUCAGGGGCUAUCGGAGCAGCACUGGGAACAAGUCUAGCAAUUGCAUAUCUUUUCCUCGCUGGUUCACAGGAUUGGCCAUUGGCAACUGCUGGCACUGCAUCUGGAAGUAUCCUCGCAGUAUUCGUAUCCCUCUUUGGGCUCGGCAAGAGCAUUGCCAACAUUCUGCCUACCACAUUUUGGGGUUGGCUAUCGGUGAUCUUUACGGUCAGUCAGUCCAUUGGCUUCGCAUCCAACUCAUACACCAUCUGGGAAGACUCCAUUUCUCUGUUCUUUCUCUCUUCCUUUGGCUUGGCUUCUGGCGUUGCAGCGCUCCGGCGGGAAGACUUUAAGGAACGUUUUUUGGGCGUAUACCAUGCUGUUCUCUUCGUUGUUCUUGGCCGAAUUGCAUCCUUCUCAAAACUUUGUAGGGAAGAGCAAAUGCCUUACUGCAACUCCACUUAUUAUGCUUCUGCGAACUCCUCAACUUCUGCAUCAUGGCAACUAAUAGUGCCUUUCGCCGUCUUCCUCAUCCUUCCCACGGUCAUCAAGGGCUACCUAGUACCACCCCGCUCCUAUGAAGGCCUCGCACCAGCGUGGAUAGGAUAUGCACUGCGUGGCGGUCUUUUCUUAGCCGCUUUAUAUUGGACAUUAGAUGCAGCUGGUAAUGGUGAAUGGUUUCCCUCCAUUCCCGAGGCAACACUGAAGACAAUUCAGGUAUCUGUGGCGCAAUCAGUUAUCGCACUAGCAUUUGUGGCCGGUACAACGGCCUACAUCUGGGCACCACCAUGUGUCUCGAUCAUUACAACAGCCUCCGGCAAUGUGCGUCGUGCCCAGGUCACUGUACUGGGAUACGGAAACGCCAAUGGCGCCCGUUAUCUGCUCUUGCUAAUUAACUUCGCUGGAGCAUGUAUUCUACUCUCAAAACCGAUGGGUACUGGAGCUAUAGCUUUGAUGUUAUGGCAAAUACUAUCGCUGGUCGAGAUCAUUGACCUGAACGGCAUCACUAUGGAGACCAUUGGCCCCAUCACCUUGGCUGUAUUGGGAAACUUCUAUUAUUUCAAGACUGGCCAUCAAGCUGCUCUGUCCUCCAUCCAGUGGGAUAGUGCCUUCAUCCCACUGAAGACGCUUCGCUAUCCGUGGUCUCCCCUCGUUGUGGCUCUCAAUACUUUCGCCGGCCAAAUUUUAGCUUGUGUUGCCGUCCCGCUCAUUGUGCUCUGGAAGACGAAUCCCAAGCGCAAAGCGGUGCUCGAAAGCACUACACGCGCUUUAGGUGUCUUUGUGGCCUACUAUGCCGUCGAGAGCUUGGCCACGAUGGUUUGGGCCGGACACCUACGGCGCCAUUUGAUGUUGUUCCGAGUUUUCAACCCAAGGUUCAUGAUGGGGGCUGUCGCGUUGAUUGUAGUGGACUUGAUCGGUAUCGCCAUAACGCUUACUGGCGUGAGAACGAACACGUUGGCUGUUAGCGAAGUCUUUGGCUGGGCAGAUUGAGUACUUGCUGCUGGAGAGGGAUAAAUGAGUGGAUUAGGCGCCUGGAAGCAACUCCAAAAGCGAAAAAGAAAACAAGAGUCUUGGGUCAGGGCAGAAAUUCGCUGGCCGUCGUAACUACAAUUGUCACUCUGCUUUUUUGGCGUCACGUGAAGUGAAGCCACUGUAGUAUAGGUGUCAGGAUAGAUAAAAAUAAAGUUGGAAUGUGUACGAGUAUCGCGCACAAACAGUGCUACCGACUGGAGCAAUUACAACCACGACAGAUAACAGAGUC